CAGUGCUGAUGUGUAGUCUCCGACUAUCCCGAAAGCCUGCUCUUGCUCGCACUCACUCACUCACUGAGGAGUCGACUCCGUAGUCCCCCAUUCGAUUCCCUCACCGGCCUGUGUCUCGUAAAGCACACUCUCACGCUCUCACUACAUCAACAAACCAUGCCUUGCCUCGGCUUACGCGGCUGCAGAUGGAACAGAAGCGCAACCCCCCUUCUAUUCCACCCUCACCGUUCACACCGCGCUCCACCACACCACUCCCGCGCCGCGGCCUGUCAGCCACCCACACCACACGUGGUGGCUUGCACGCGGGACCCUAUCACGGCGCUGCUCUGGGACGCUCGUGCAGGAUUGCGGGGAAGGGUCAAUGUCGACAAUCUGGCAUCAAGCCGACGCGCAUCCCUGCCGCCCAUCCACCACGGGCCACCUCCAUCACCACUUCAUGCGUUGGGGCAGCCGGGCGUCCACGUUCUCGCCCGCGGCUGUUGCUGCUGGAUGGCUGAGCUGCGGGCAGCCUCGAGGGUUGAAAGAAGGCUUCGCUGGGAUCAUCUUAUCGUGAGUUCGGAUGAGGAGACGCGAUCACGAGGGCGAGAGGGAAGAAGCCGGACUGCACGCACCCAUCGCAUAUCGACUGGGAUCCGGAUAGUGUUAUCUAUAGGCCGCGAAGCACCGCUAGCAACGACUAUUCUUCGAUAAACCUGCUUCGAGCCAUCAUGAAACAGCGCGCGCGAUGGCCAGGCCAUGGAUAGUGUCCGUGACGAGGUUGCGAAAUACCUAGCAUCAGACUGUCUACUCUGACCACAGAUAACGACAUUCCACGCUUCAACGCGCACCCCGCCGAUCCAGCUCAGCUCAAUUCCCCCAUCCGGCUCCUCGACCUG